GGGCUGCCACCGUGCCAUUCCUACGCGACCCGACCCGACCCGCCCGUCGCCUUCUGUCCUCUCGCGCAAGAUUCCACCACCUGUUCCUUCGUGCGGCGAGGCGAAUCGAGGAGGAAGGAUGGCCUCCGACGGCCACCAGCCGGAGCCGGGGAAGAAGGUGGAGGGGGAGGCCGCCUCCACCGUCGCUGCGCCCGGCUGCGACGAUCUGGAGGACACCCAGUUCCAGUGCUGCGUCUGCCUGGAUCUUCUGUACAAACCAGUUGUUAUUGCAUGUGGCCAUAUGUCAUGUUUCUGGUGCGUCCACAAAGCUAUGCAUAUCGUCCGGGAAUCCCAUUGUGCUGUGUGUAGGCAACCCUAUAAACAUUUUCCGAGUAUCUGUCAACUCUUGCAUCACUUGAUUCUAAAGCUUGAGCCUGCGGAUUACAAAAGAAGGGAAAAAGAAGUACUAGAGGAAGAGAAGCGUAUAGAAACAUUCUCUCCCCAAAUCAUCGAGUUUUUAAACUCCAAGAACAAUGAAAUUGGAAAAGAUGGGGAGAACAGACUUGAAGAUAGUAGAACGAGAUCCCCACAAGAAGUUUCAUCUAAUGGCAACAUUGUGGAUGAGCAUUCGAAGAAAAUUAAGUUGGAGGAUGUUUCAUGCCCUCUCUGUCAGGAGAUGCUGUAUCAACCGGCUGUUCUUAAUUGUGGUCAUGUGUAUUGUGUAUCCUGUUUAUCGUCCUUAAAUGAGGAAGCACUCAAAUGCCAAGUUUGUGGAAGUCUUCACCCUGGAGAGUUUCCUAAUGUUUGCCUGGACCUUGAUCAUUUCCUGGAAGAAUAUUUUCCAGCAGAAUAUAAAUCAAGAGGGGAGAAAGUUCAGUUUAAGAAGGGCCAGCGCGAUCGUGAAGGAUCAUCUUCAGGUACUUCAUGUACAAAAGAAAGCAGCAGAGCACGGUAUGAUGAUGACCUGUCAAAUAUUCACAUUGGAGUUGGAUGUGACUCAUGUGGGGUGUAUCCAAUACGUGGUAAGAGGUACAAAUGCCAGGAUUGCACCGAGUUAAUUGGCUUUGACCUUUGCGAAACUUGCUACAACUCCAGUUCAAAGCUCCCGGGACGCUUUAAUCAGCAGCAUACCCCUGACCACAGAAUGGAAGUUGAUAAUACAGCACUCCUGCAAAGGCUCUUGAGAUUCCAUGGGAUAGCUGAGGAAGGUCCGGAAGAGCUGAUGAUGGAAGAUGCGGUUGUUGCUCCUGGCGCGAUGGUACAGAUAGUCAUUGAUAACCUAGAAAUGGAGGGCAAUGGCGCGGAAGGUCUGGAAGGGCCAAACAUUGAAGACGAUCCUGUUGCACCUGGCACAAUGUUGCAUAUAGUCAUUGAUAAUCAAGAAAUGGAGGACAACGGUGAGGAGAACCAGCUGCUCUAGAGGCAAAGCGGUUGCCGUAAAGCUGCUUCUGAGCGUGAGCCUUUGUUAUAUAUGUUGUUAGAGGCACAUUACAUGAAUGCAAUGUGAAAGAGGGAUUGCACAAGCUCAAAUAUGGCUGGAUCGGACUUGUUUAAUUUUCUGGUUCUGUACUUACUGCCAUCUAAUGGCCAUAUGAUUUGUUUUCCUGCUUCUGUAAAUCCAUGCAUGUGUUCUUUCUAUAGGAAAUCCAAAUAAGGACUGUAUUUGUAAAUUUGUACCAACUUAUUUUCCGGGAACACACUGCAUGAACGAAA